GUCAUCUGGCAUUUGCUGGAACUGAACACAGUUAUGAAGUACGUUCUUCAUAACAGCACAUACUUGGUGACAGUUAAAAGUAUCACCACUCGGAUUCAUCGUGAUGCAUUCUGAAGCGAUACUUGAUUAGAAGGUACUCAUGCUUAAGUUGAUGGCUGAGAGAAAAACGUGUAGACUCUGUCAGAACUCAAAGACUGACAGACACACUGUCCUGAGGGGUUAGGAUGUGAGGCCUACUCGGCCUCAGCUGUGCUUGUAGGUGGUGAAUUAGCUCCUGGACUCUGGAUGUCCAUUUCAUUUCUAGUGCGGUAGGUAAUGGUGCUUCCCUUGUAGGCUGAUGUGAGAGUAAGAUGCAGGUAAGUCUCUCCUCCAUGAAGACAGUGGGUGUCCAGUCAGUCUUUUCCCCCCUGUGGGUGCUAAAGAAGCCACAGAUAAAAGAAGACAUAUCGAGUGUUUGAACAACGUUAACAGUCUUUCAGUGGGUUUUGGAUAGCUUUAGGUGACUGUUAUCAUUCAGGUGGAUGGUAGCAGAAUGAGGAGGGUUAUCCAUGGAGGAGUUUGGCCACUGUCUCUUGCUCACUCUUCAUCCAUUUAAAUGUUUCUACACACUUCCAUGCUGUGCUUUGCUCUCCUAGGCUGUAGCACUGGGCAGAAAGAAGUCCAAUGAAACAGGUUUUGCCCCUUGUAUCUUAUAGGAGCAACAGCUAUCAUCUAGCAAUUUGAUAUGAAUGAAAAAAAAUCUCCCAGCAACUACUGAGAAAUAAGUCCAUACAUUCAGAUAGUUGGAAAUAAACCUGCUUAAUGUUUAUUCCCAACAGGUAAAAACUGAAAAAUGACAGCCUAAAGGAAGGGUGGAAAUCGUUCUUCUGAAGUAAUAGGUUCUAUUCAGAAACCCAUUAAAUAUGUUUGGUAAGCCACUGAGUGUUUGAAGUUAAAGCAAAAAUUCUUCCUGUGAGCCAGAUGUGGGGUAUCAUGCCAGUUCUAUUCUGGAAUAUCUUAUGCGUGGCCCUGAGACUGGCCUAAGUGUUACUUGUGGAGUUAAUCAUUACCCCAGCAGUUGUCUAAAUUGCUCGAUUCCGUGCUUGGUUUGACAGUACACAUAUAGUAAACUGCUUGAUUCCACUGGGCUGCACACAUAGGCGUCUCCAGAGAGCAGCAUGUUCCCUUUGCUCUUUGGGGCUGGACUGGUGGUUCUGAACCUAGUGAGCUCUGCUACGAGCCAGAAGACAGAACCCCUUAGUGGCACUGGGGACCAGCCCCUCUUCCGUGGAGCAGAUCGACACGACUUUGCCGUUGUGAUCCCUCCAGGAGGCACAGAAUGCUUCUGGCAAUUUGCCCACCAGACUGGCUACUUCUAUUUCAGUUAUGAGGUUCAGCGGACUCUAGGAAUGUCACAUGACCGGCACGUCGCUGCCACUGCACAUACCCCACAGGGUUUCCUUAUAGAGACCUCUAAGCAUGUUCGGGGCCAGAUUAACUUCUCUACCCACGAGACAGGUUUUUAUCAGCUUUGUCUAGCAAACCAGCAAAAUCGCUUUGGUUCCGUGCAAGUAUACCUCAAUUUUGGAGUCUUCUAUGAGGGGCCUGAGAUGGACCACAAAGAGAAUGAAAGAAAACAACUGAAUGAUACUCUGGAUGCAAUUGAGGUGGAGAAUCUGAAGAUAUGGAGGGCUGACAAAGGGACCAGAGCAUCCUCUGCAGGUCCUGAGACCAAUCUCCCCGCAAAUACUGACGGACAGCUAACUGGACACAUGUCCGUGGCUGCUUUUGUGCCACAGUGGCAGAGUUUAGUAACUGCAACAGAGACUGUAUCACUUGCAAAGCCUAGAAUAUUUACUGUCCGGCCCUUCAGUAAAAAAUUUGCAGGCUCUUAUCUUUUACCAUAUACAAAGAACAGAAGACACUGCCCAGAACGGCAUCGAUGUGCUAAGUAUAUGUCUACAUCUAGACAUACUCUGGAAGAGCUUUCUGGUUUCAGCACUGAAGUUUUUCAUUGUAAAAAUUAUUUUUUUAAAACUGAAGUCCAGGUAAUUUUUUCAUAUACAACAAAACUAGCCAUUUACCAACAACUCCAAUAGCCCAUUUUUUUUUGUUCUGCACCCUCAAUAGCCAACUUUUACAUAUCAUAAAAUCAUGUGAAUAUAGGUUAGUGCUGGUGGGUACCCAGGUGAGGCUAGAUGAGAGAUAGAAAGGAACCCUUUCUGUAUUUCAUUUUCUGUCCCGUAGGAGAGCACACGAAAGGUGCAUUACAAUAUCUUUCACAUGUGGCGACACUACAACUUCGCACGCAUGAGAAAAACAGCUGACUUUUUCCUUCUCCAAUCAAACUAUAACUACGUGAAUUG